CCUCCAAAGCUCGCGGCUUUUUCACUUUUUCUUUCUCUCUCGCGCGGUCGCGGACAGGGCGAGUUCGAGGAAUUUGUAGCAGGAUUGCGGUGGUGGUGGUGGGUUGGUUGGUUGCCGGAGUCUGCCGUCGCGAUCGCGAGCGGGUUUUGCUGGAAUCGAUUGCUGGGCGGGGAUUAAUCGGGCGUUUGCGCGAGUUUUUGCGACUGGAGGCGGAGGAGAGAUGGGGGCGGGGGUGUCGAGCAUGUUCGGGUUGGGCGGCGGCGGCGGCGACGGGGACCGGUCGGCGGCGGCGGCCGCGUCGGUUGCUGGUGCCGCGGUGGGGCUGGGCGACCUGCCGGAGCUGUGCGCCGCGCAGGUGCUGCUCAGGCUCGACGCGCCGGAGAUCUGCCGGCUCGCGCGGCUCAACCACGCGUUCCGCGGCGCGGCCGGGGCGGACUUCGUGUGGGAAGCCAAGCUGCCGGAGAACUACCGGUACCUGGUGAGCUUCGUGGAGGGCGGUGGCGGCGGCGAGCGGUGGCGGCGGCGUCGGCCGGCUGGGAAGAAGGAGAUCUACGCGAGGUUGGCCAGGCCCGUGCCCUUCGAUGGCGGCUUAAAGGAGUUCUGGCUGGAGAAGAGCAAAGGCAGGGUUUGCAUGGCGCUAUCCUCCAAAUCUCUGGUGAUAACUGGGGUUGAUGAUAGGAGAUAUUGGCAACACAUUCCAACUGCAGAAUCACGAUUUCACUCUGUGGCAUACCUUCAGCAAAUCUGGUGGUUCGAAGUGGUUGGCGAAAUGGAUUUCUGCUUCCCUGUGGGAACCUACAGCAUAUAUUUCAGGGUUCAUCUUGGGAAGUUCUACAAGCGAUUUGGACGGCGAGUUUGUAGCACUGAGCAUGUCCAUGGUUGGGACAAGAAGCCUGUCCGCUUCCAGCUCUCCACGUCUGAUGGCCAGCACUCACUAUCUCAGUGCUCCCUGGGUGAGCCUGGGAGCUGGGUACUCUACCAUGCAGGCGAUUUUGUGGCCUCAAAGCCUGACCAAACGAUCAAGCUGAAGUUCUCGAUGGCGCAGAUCGAUUGCACACACACAAAAGGUGGCCUGUGCGUCGACUCGGUGCUCAUAUAUCCAAAGGGAUUUCAGCAAGAGGGGAUGGUCAGGUCUCAGAAAUGUAGAUGUUGAGAAGGACCUUACAUUAGAUUGUAGACAAAAUGCAGCUUGCAGCCUAAUUCUAUUUUUCAUUUGGGCUCUUGUAUGCGCGGCGAAAGGUGUAUAUAAUCGUAGGGGUUCAAUUUUGUGUGAUCGGUGACGGUAACAUGAAUGUGUGAUUUUGUGUGUCCAGUUUUUUCCCAUGUUUUUUUUCCCUGGAGCUAAAUGGGUCUUCAAGUUACCCAUGAACGAUUGUACUGAAAUGAGAUCAGAAAUGUUGUUUUCCUUCUCCAA